AUGACGACCAAUGUAUCGGACUCGGUGGCGAUCCCCACGGAGAUCCAGGAUUCUAUAUCUCGUCUCAGCGCAAGUGUACAGCAGACGUACAAGGCGCAUCUGCUGACUGCAGCUUCAACAAUUGAUCUAUCUAAAACGAGAUGUGUGAGCGAAUCUACCACUUGGUCCUAUCUGUGCUCAGCUGUUGAACUUGGACUACCAGUGCAUUUGGAUGUGUUAGGUAUAAAUGAAGAGAUCAUUCGUACAGUAUUACAAGCAGCAAGAGAAUCCCUAGGUGGAGAUGUGUUCCGGCUCAAACCAUUGAUGGAAGCAUUGCCGAAGGAUUAUAUUGAUUACAAUCGUCUGAAGGUGGUUAGAGCAAUACUAACAUGGGAGUACGAUAGUGGUACGGAGGGAGAAGAAGCAAAAGAAACAUCUUCAGUAAGUGGACCUACUGGAUCUAACAGUGAACCUCCAACACAAAAUAGCUCAUCACAAGCGUCGAGAAUCCCUUCAUGGAUGGUGAAUGCAGUGCCAGCACCGCAAGCAAAGAAGAAGAAGAAACUAUUCCUCUGA